CUGGGCGAAACUCUGGCCAGAUUGCUGGGAAGCGACAAUUUAGGAUCUUGCUGUUGUGAAUGCUGCUGGAAGUGUAAACCGCAGAACCGGGGAAAAAAAAGUUCCUCACAUUCUUUGCGAAGUCGAGCUGGGGGCGUUGGGUUUGGCAAUAACGUAUAAAGGCUGUGGAGUCAGACACCCCUGAACCGUCUCGGUGUCCAAUCUCCCUGAAUCAUCUUGCUCUGACUUCCAGCUGCUCGUUUGCCCCAGCACAUUUUCUCUUUGGGAAUGUCUGCAUCCAGCUCUGAUGACUCAAACAGCAGGAGACCAUUAGCUUCCUACGUUGGUCGGAGAAUCACCCCCUCCAAUGACUCCAAUGCUGGAGAGAAUGAAGUACUUGACUUUGAGUACUUUGGACUCACCCCUAGAGGACCACCCAACCUGGAAGAUUUUCUCGAGGUAUGGAACGUUGAUGUCCACCCAAAUCCAGAUGACGUUAACAAGAAACAGCAUCAUACAGAGCUCUACGACUGCAGGAAUCUGAUUGUGAGACGUGGCCAGCCUUUCCAGAUCACUAUCACCUUCAACCGUGCUUAUGAUUCAGGAAAGGACAAGCUUUGGGUUGAGUUUUUGAUAGGUCAAUACCCAGACAUCACCAAACAAACUUACGCUCCGGUUUACAUCCAAGAACAAUUGGAGAAAGGAAAAUGGGGAGCCAUGGUAACGUCAACCAGGACCAACACACUCAGUCUCUCAAUCGUAUCCCCUCCGCAUUGCAUUGUGGGGCGAUUCAGAAUGUAUUUAGCUGUGAUGACCCCAUAUGGAAUCCGCAGAACUGCGAGAGAUUCUGAAACAGAUAUCUAUGUUAUCUUCAACCCUUGGUGUAGAGAGGAUGCAGUUUAUCUGGAUAAUGACAGAGAAAAUGAAGAGUAUGUCUUAAACGACGCUGGUCGCAUUUACUAUGGGAAGUUUACAGAAAUAAUCUCUAGGCCUUGGAUUUUUGGUCAGUUUGAAAGAGGUAUAUUGGAUUCAUGUAUUUACAUACUGGACAGGGCACGAAUGCCUUUGCAAACAAGAAGUUGUCCAAUUAAAGUCAGCCGAGUUGCAUCUGCAAUGAUUAAUUCUAAAGACGAUGGUGGUGUUCUUGUUGGAUGUUGGGAUGGUAUAUACACUAAUGGAGUGGCACCCACAGCCUGGAAUAGCAGUGUCGAAAUCUUAUUGCAGUAUUUCGAGACUCAGCUGCCAGUUUGUUAUGGACAGUGCUGGGUCUUUGCUGCAGUUUUUAACACAGUUCUUCGCUGCCUGGGAAUACCUGCAAGACUGGUAACAAACUUCUCCUCCGCUCAUGACAAUAAUGCUAACUUAACCACUGACAUCAUUCUGGAUGAAAACGGGAAGAAGGACAUGAAUUUGACUAAGGACUCGAUCUGGAACUAUCAUUGCUGGAAUGAAUGUUGGAUGUCCAGAUAUGACCUGCCACCAGGUUAUGAUGGGUGGCAAGUUGUGGAUGCCACGCCUCAGGAAACAAGUGAAGGCAUGUUUAGGUGUGGACCAGCUUCUGUUAAUGCCAUAAAACACGGACAGGUUUACUUUCCAUAUGAUGCUCCUUUCAUUUACGCAGAGGUAAACAGUGACGUUGUAUACUGGAACAGACAGAAGGAUGGUUCCCUGAUUAAAGGUAACGUGAAGACUGAUGAAGUUGGAAUGUUAAUUCUUACCCAGGAGAUUGGAUCUGAUGGUAGAAAAGACAUCACAGAUCAAUAUAAGUACCCAGAGGGCAGUCAGGCAGACAGGGCGGCACAAGGUACAGCGAUCCAAUAUGGUAUUAAGAAGGAAGAGGCUGUAGCUGAGACAGCAGUGGACGCAACAUUAAAUGUGCAUGUUCCUGAAAAAAUUCUGCUAGGCACCACCUUCGAUGUUGGCAUAGAGCUGCAAAACAACAGCAGUGAGAAACAACAUAUGACUCUCCAUCUCAAUGGCUGCGUGGUGUUCUACACAGGAGUCCCGAAAAUAAAAAUCAAGGACAAAACCAUUAAAGCGAUGGUGGAACCUCAUCAGGUUUAUCAGACACAAGUGAAGAUCAAGUCAAAGGAUUAUGAGGAUCACCUUGUUGAACAGUCCAUUCUGCACUUUCUCGUCAGUGGACAUGUAGCUGAAACAGAACAGACUCUUGCCGCCCAGAAGAUUGUAACCCUGCAAAUUCCACAGCUGAACUUAAGAGCUGAGGGACCAGCGGUGUAUGGACGUGAGACAAUCAUAAUUAUUGAAUUUACAAACCCUCUCAAAAAGCCUCUGGAAGAGGUGAUUCUCCGCGUUGAUGGGCUUGACACACUGAAGCCUAAGUUAAAAAUAUUCAGCUCCAUCCCAGAAAGUGCCACCUUAACGACAAAGGAGUUGUUUGUACCCUGGAGGCGCGGCACCCGGAAGGUGAUUGCGAGUCUUGACUGCAAGGCCUUGAGGCAGGUUGUCGGAGAGUUGGAAUUGAAUGUCAUAUAGGAAAGGGAGAUGGGAACAAGCCCAGAAUCUUCUCUUAAUCGCGUGAAAGAAGAGUUUCAUGAAGAAGCAGUUUGGAGCGUGUGUUAAAUGAUAAGCUUAAGAUGGAAUUCUGACCUAUGCAUGCUCUAUUUUGGAACUUGUUUCUCAUGCUGCCAUGUCUCCGUAGUUUUUUUCACUUCAGCCAAUAUUGAAUUAGUGACAGCGCUCGUCCUUGUUACAUUUUACAUUCGCUGCCCCACAACAUAUUUCGAACUUUGUAGUGCUUAUUUUAUUGUAUUUUGGAUAUUGAUAAACCAGAGCAGGUCUUAUAUGAAUAGGUUGUUAUUCCUCUUUGCCUGCGGCUAUACGGUCCUGAGACUUUUUUUGAAGUAACAUAAUCUACUAAAAUGUGUCAAAGAGAGUUUAGCUCCGAAGGAUAUAACCAUGCAUCUUGUUACUUCUUAAGUAUCUGAAAUAAAGGGCUUCUUUCCCUCCUACUUCCCUUUGCUCCCUCCAUUUCCAUUCUGGAGUACAGAUCCACCGAUACCAGCCACAUUUUCUUUCAUCUGAAUUGUCGUUUUUCAUGUGUGAGCCCAUAUGGUGAUCACCAGCAGAAUGUUCAACUUCAAGGGGCAUCACAUUUCAACCCAAUCCCGCUUCCAUGUGAUGCCCACCCACACACACAGUUCAUCACUUGCAGUUGCUCCUUUUACCUGCAGUGGAGACUGAUUAACAGAUCUACAGCCUGUUGUGGAGAUGUGGGGUGGAAAGAGGGGCAGGAGGGUGCCUGGGGAGGUGCAGUGUGUAGCUGGGAGCUACAGAACCUUCUAUGUUUUUGACUCUCUCCGAGUGGAGACUCUGCUCCCUAUGUUCGCAGCAUCAAAGGUAUUCUGAUUUCUAUUUUAAUAUUGCCAUUAAUCUGUUUUCUUUUCCUUAAAAUGCAAUAUAAAACACAAUAUUGAAUAUUUCUAUGUUAUUUUACCGAUGUAACCGAUAAAAAAACGCUAAAUUUGUUUCAGCUAGCAGUUUUUAAGGUUUUGUCUUAUAGGGGUUGGUUAAAUAGGGCUAGGGUCAAAGGUUAUGGAAGACCAGUGGAGUUGUAUAUCAGGCUUCCUAAACCUUUACUGUUUAAAUACCAGUGUGUCUGUACCAGCUGUUUGCCAGGAUGCCACCCCAUUCUCUCCCUGUAGAGUGCAUCCCACUCAACAGAUUCAUUCUCACGAACUAUCCCACCCCACAUCCCGGCCAGCUGAGUACUUACAGCCACUGCUAUUACAAGGGCCUGCACCUGUAAAACCACGUCCAUAAGUCCAACCACUUUGAACAGUGGUCACGCUGCAAAUAGCAACACGACUCAAGGCCCACACCCUGGCUAGUUGGACUUGUCUCCUUGGCAACCGAGGACCAUUGCAAUAUUUAGUGUAACACAGCUUCAUGCUACCAGUGGUGUGCAUCCCACCCCCCCCCCCACCGCCCCCAAACAACCCCAUCCCUACCACCGCAUUGCCCCAAACCGUAAAUCUGGAUUAUGUGGCUGUAGGACAUAUGUCGGUCUGAAUAAGUUGUGUUUGAGUUGUACCUAAGCACAGGUAAAAGACUGUACAUUCUGGGCCUCCGUCCGCAGUAUCUGGACCAGCAAGUUUCCCCUUAUAGACACCACACCUGAAUAUACCAAUAGAUGGAGUGGCAGGCUCAUGCAAGAGGGAAGACGUCAUUGUGUUGUGCCUUCACCUAGUGCCGCAAGAACAGUGAUCCAAACUAGUGGCAUCCCAGAAUGGGGAGCUUUCAUUCCUGUUACCGCCACUAAAUUAACCAACAAUAACAAGCUGCAUUUAUAUAGCAUGUUUAACAUAGCAAAUUGGGCAAGGUGCUUCACAGGAGUAUUAUCAAACAAAAGUUGCCACUGAGUCACAUAGCAGCUGUUAGGACAAGCGAUAGGGAUAGGCUUUAAGGGGCCUCUUAAAGGAGGAGAGAAAGGGAGAAAGUUUAAGGGGAGGGAAUUCCAGAGUUUAGGGUCUAGGGACCUGAAGGCACGAUUGUAAUUGGCGGUCCGAUUAAAUCCUCGUCUGAACUACGGAACUCUCCUCCACUAGUAUAAAUUUCGGGAGGCUCCAUUACAAAUCCACCUAGUGGAGUGCAGAUCAAUGACUUGGGAUUGGAAAUCAGCACAGCAGUUGGCAGUGUGGUCUACACAUCAAAGCCCCACAAAAUUUACCAUAAGUUCUUUUUAGGGGGCCACAAGUGAUAUGUUGCAGAGGAAAUAUGUCUUAAAGAAUAUAGCAGUUUGUUCGAAUACAUGUCCCUGUGAGCAGUUUUGCCUGUUCACAGUGCUUAUUAAGAGAUCACAGACUGUCAUGAUUCCUGAUAGGCAUUCCCAGUGGGUGAGCCUCUGUGCUGGGAAUGCACAUUCAUAAAAUUCUCCCUAAUAGAAUUGAUGGUACAUUAUAAUGGAGCUUUAUUGGUAGGUCUGUAUCUUAUUGUAUUACACAUGUUCUUAUAAUGUGCACAAUCAUUAUCCCAAGCUGAUUGCUAAUAAAACUAACUCUGCUCUA